CGCCUCGGCCCGCCCCCGGCCCUCCCCGCCCGGCCUCCCCAGCGCCCCUGUCAGAUUGUGGCGGCGGGCCGCGCGGUGCGCUAGUUCCUUGCAGCCUGGGCGAGGAGACUUGCGCGCGGGCACACCCCCACGUCCCUUAGGCGCCGCUGCCUCUGCUCCACUGGCCUCCGCUCCGCCCAGCCUUCUGCCGCACGCCCGUAGCGACAUGGCACACGCGGCGGUACGCUGCCCCAGCGCUCGGGGCUCUGGGGACGGCGAGAUGGGCAAGCCCAGGAAGGUGGCGCUCAUCACUGGCAUCACGGGCCAGGAUGGUUCAUACUUGGCUGAGUUCCUGCUGGAGAAAGGCUACGAGGUCCAUGGAAUUGUGCGGCGGUCCAGUUCAUUCAAUACAGGUCGAAUUGAACAUCUGUAUAAGAACCCCCAGGCUCAUAUUGAAGGAAACAUGAAGUUGCACUAUGGUGAUCUCACUGACAGUACCUGCCUUGUGAAGAUCAUUAAUGAAGUAAAGCCUACGGAAAUCUACAACCUUGGAGCCCAGAGCCAUGUUAAAAUUUCUUUUGACUUGGCUGAAUAUACUGCAGAUGUUGAUGGAGUUGGCACUUUGCGGCUUCUGGAUGCAGUUAAGACCUGUGGCCUUAUCAACUCUGUGAAGUUCUACCAAGCCUCAACUAGUGAACUUUAUGGGAAAGUGCAAGAAAUACCCCAGAAGGAGACAACUCCUUUUUAUCCUCGGUCACCGUAUGGGGCAGCAAAACUCUAUGCCUAUUGGAUUGUGGUGAACUUCCGUGAGGCAUAUAAUCUCUUUGCGGUGAAUGGCAUUCUCUUCAAUCACGAGAGUCCUAGAAGAGGAGCUAAUUUUGUUACUAGAAAAAUUAGCCGGUCAGUGGCUAAGAUUUACCUUGGACAACUGGAAUGUUUCAGCUUGGGAAAUCUGGAUGCCAAGCGAGAUUGGGGCCAUGCCAAGGACUAUGUAGAGGCUAUGUGGCUGAUGUUGCAGAAUGAUGAGCCAGAGGAUUUUGUCAUAGCUACUGGGGAAGUCCAUAGCGUUCGGGAAUUUGUAGAGAAAUCAUUUUUGCACAUUGGAAAAACCAUUGUGUGGGAAGGAAAGAAUGAAAAUGAAGUGGGCAGAUGUAAAGAGACCGGAAAAAUUCAUGUGACUGUGGAUCUCAAAUACUACCGACCAACUGAAGUGGACUUUCUGCAAGGAGAUUGCACCAAAGCGAAACAGAAGCUGAGCUGGAAACCCCGGGUCGCUUUUGAUGAGCUGGUGAGGGAGAUGGUGGACGCCGACGUGGAGCUCAUGAGAAACAACCCCAACGCGUGAGCGCGACCGCGGAGCCCCGAGCCGCCCCUGCCGGCCUACGGUCCCUGCUUGGAAUCGGCGGGUGCGGGGCCGCAGGUGUGAUCCUGGGAGGGGCGGGAGAAUCCGGCCCGUUCCGUGCGACCCUCCUUGCCACUGCGCCUUAUUCCUGCCGUUAGGAUGUGGGACGGCUGAGGUUUGUAGCAGCCGGGACGUGCCACUCCGGGGUUCGGCCCAAUUUCCAUUUGUCGAGGCCUCUUCUGAAGGGUUUUGUGAAAUCAACAAGAUGUUUUAAUCACAAGUUCACUAUACUUGAAAUUAUGUCAUUAGACACCUGAAAUUGUGGGGCUUUCAAAUUGUUUUUCUCUUUUAUUAAAAAUGUCCUUUCUAUGAACUAGCAUUA